AUGUCUCAUCGCCGAAUAUUGUCGGUAAAUGACAUAAUAUCGCAUCUUGAAGACAACGAUGACGUAUUGUCAGCAGAUAUUUACAUAACACCCCCAGAUAAUUACGACAAAAGUGAUGAAGACAGUGGGGAUGAGGAGUCUUCGAACAUAAAUCACCUGUCCAGGCAGCAGCUCUUAGCACAGGCUGAGUUUAGGGCUACUGUAUCUUCACAGUCUAAUUUAGAUAUUAUAGAAAGCGUAUCAAAUGAAGUUUCUAUAGAUAAUAAUACACACGGCGACUUAUCAGUACAACCACCGGCAAAGAAAAAAAAAUGUCCAGCUAUCCGAAAGUGGAGGAAAGUAGAUAUUCCAGUGAAGACAGAGAAAACAUCAGAGCCACCACAUUUCUUAGAACACCUAGAUACUCCUGUUCACUUUUUUGAACUUUUUUUUGACGAAGACGUUUUUGAAUUGAUUCGCUCUGAAACCGAAAAAAAAUGCUAUUCAAAAAGGUUACCACAAUUUCAAAGGGCAAGCACAGGAAAUACCCACCCAGAACUUGGUGUAGGUGCUUCUGUUGUUUUAGACCUCAUAUCCAAAUUGCCGCCCGGUACUUACAGCUUUUAUAUGGACAACUAUUUUACAUCUUUACCCUUGUUGGAUGAAAUAAAAACAUUAGGACACGAUGCGACGGGAACGGUUAGGGCAAAUAGGGUAGAAAAGGCACCCUUGAAAGAAGCGAAAGAUAUGAAGAAAAUGAGCAGAGGGUCUUUUGACCAGUGUACAGAUACUCUGACGAACAUCACCCUCGUACGUUACAAUGACAACAAUAUUGUUACCGUUGCCUCAACCGAAUGUGGUGUGGAGCCUUUAGCUAAGUUAUAUCAGCCACCCGCCGUUGAUAAAUACCAAGCAGUGAAGACACGACUACUUGCCGCCUACGAAAAAUCCGACGUCAAGAAUUUUCAAAAACUCAUCAGUGGUCUGGAACUCGGAGACCAGAAACCUUCGCAACUCUUAAGAAAAAUGCGAGAAUUGAGUAGCGGCAUGGUAACAGAUGAAGGACUUAGAAUCGAAUGGUUGAAUCAACUGCCUACUCAAUUCGGAUUUGUAAAACACUUUUUAAACAACAUCUUGGGUAUUUCACCACGAACUAUACGAACUGUCAUUGAUGCUACAAAACUCAAUGACGGUGUUAUUCCUGAAGACCAACAAGGCAAACAGGGGAAGCAUUGCAAGGUGGACAAUGAAAUGAUAAAAGAAAAAAAUUCUUUAGCAGCACCGGAAAUGUGGGUAGAAUAUGUUGACAUCGAUAGCGCUCUCUUCACAUUCGAAGAACAUACCGAUGAAAAUAUCGUACAGAACAUUAGUGCUAUUAACAACUCGAAAGUGAUGGGGAUGAGAAAGUCGAGGAAGCACCAUUACCUACUGCAGAAGAGGCAUUAA